AUGGAUGUGUUGAUCCGUUCGAUGCUUGUGGAGGAAAUUGGAGCCGCCUAUCAGCACCAGCAGCAGCUUCGAAGGUCACAACAACCGGAACCCACGUCGGGGCAGUUCGUCACCGAUCCACCGAUCGGACCAUCGGUACCCGGCUCGAUCUUGGCCACGGUCGUGAACGGUGGCACGAGCCUCGUGCCGGGUAGCAUCGUCCCGACACCAUUCGCAGUGUUGCUGGCUCAGAACCGGACCACCGGUGGCCAUGGCUUCGGCCAGGGUUUCACCGGUUCCGACGGUACCGUGGAUGGUACCGGAAGUGGUGAGGCCAUCGUUGGACCUGCAGCUUCGAUCGGGAUCGGUGGAUCGCUUGGCGUGGGCCUCGGGACAGGUGGUACGACGGUGUCCACCAUCGUGUCGUCCACCCUGGCGAAUGCAACCCUGUCCGAGCACGAGCUUGACCUUGACACGCUCCGCAAGGUCAUCAUCUGCAUCGUACUGCUGGCUGUGAUAUUCGGCACGAUCGUCGGCAAUAUCCUGGUGUGUGUGGCCGUGUGCCUAGUGCGGAAGCUACGCCGACCGUGCAACUACCUGCUGGUGUCGUUGGCCGUGUCAGAUCUGUGUGUCGCCUGUCUCGUGAUGCCACCGGCGCUCAUGUACGAGGUGUUGGGUGAGUGGAACUUUGGGCGCGUGUUCUGUGAUAUUUGGGUGUCGUUCGACGUGCUGUCGUGCACGGCUUCCAUCCUUAACCUGUGCGCCAUCUCGGUCGAUCGGUACUGGGCGAUCACGAAACCGCUCGAGUACGGUGUCAAACGAACGCCUCGGCGUAUGAUGUUGUGCGUGGCGUUGGUGUGGCUCGCUGCGGCCUGCAUUUCACUACCACCGUUGCUGAUCCUCGGCAACAAGCACACGAUCGGUGAGGGCACCGAUCAGCGGCCAUUUUGUGCCGUGUGUGAGGACGUCGGCUACCAGAUCUACGCAACGCUCGGUUCGUUCUACAUUCCACUCGCCGUGAUGCUGUUCGUGUACUACCAGAUUUUCCGCGCGGCUCGGCGAAUAGUGAAGGAUGAAAAGCGCGCCCAGACGCGUCUCGAGAACAGCCUCGCCGUCGAUAAAGCCACGGCAGCCACGACCGCCAUGAGCCUGAAGCCACCCGAACCGAUCGCACCCUCGGCAAUUGGUGCCGGAGCCGCACUCGGGGGAUCACCACACCAGAAGAAGCUGCGUUUUCAGCUGGCAAAAGAGCGCAAGGCGUCCACCACGCUCGGUAUCAUAAUGUCCGCGUUUACCGUGUGUUGGUUGCCGUUCUUUAUUCUCGCACUGGUGCGCCCACUCAUGGACGACGACUACCCGACGCUGUCGUCCUUUUUCCUGUGGCUCGGGUACGCCAACUCGCUGCUCAAUCCGAUCAUCUACGCCACGCUGAACCGCGACUUCCGCAAACCGUUCCAGGAGAUCCUGUACUUCCGCUGCUCCAAUCUCAACAUCCUGAUGCGGGAGGACUUCUACCACAGCCAGUACGGUGAGCCCGGUUCGCAGCGGUUCGUGCUUGAGAACGAGGGCCAACACACUGCCCGGGAAAGUUUUCUUUAA